CAAGCAUAUCCUCAGAUAAGAUCCUAUUUUUCGACGAGGCACACUUCAAGGGUGACAGUGGGGAGGUAGACUUGUUCCAGUGGCUGAGACAACUUGACGCUGCCUUGGAUAAACUACCAAAGCCUGAAGUUCGUGCUCGCCUUGAAGCACUGGAAAUAUUUCUUGUAAAGAUAGCCACUGGCGCUGAUGCGCUGCCUUUUCCGGGUCGUCCCAUUCGACACGCUCUGUCCCGAUGCUUUGUGAAGCUUUACGCUCGAGCUGAAUCAAGAACUCUCUACGACACUCUGCAGGCUCUUAUGAAGUUUACUGUAGAACCAACACCGAAGCCAGGAGACAAGGACGUCAGAAUCUGCGCUCUCUACUGCAUGGGCGAGCUUAUGGUUACGUAUGGAUCUCAAAUGAUGUCACUCGUCGCCGAUCUGGUCACUAUGAGCCUGAAGUUCUUCAAAUCAACCAGUCAUUCAGUCUUACUUCGAUAUCAUGCGGCUGCGACGAUUUCCAAGUGUAUUCAGAGCACUGCAAAGGCGAUACCGGAAUCCACAGUCAAAGAUCUGUUGAAGACAUUCAGGCAUGGCAUGGGUGACAAGGCCCCGGCCAUUCAAAGGGUCUCGGCUGAUAUUGUCACAGGAAUACAAAGACAACUGGGGCAACUCACGAUACAGGAAACAGAUAAUUUCGUGCAACUUUGUUUGCGGUAUAUGGAUUCAGCGGAUCAUACGACUCGCAGGCACUUCGCCGAGGUAAGCGGCAUUCACCUAGCAGCCUCAGUGAGCACGCCACUUGUCAAUCAGGAAACUACUGCUCGACCAGAAAGGAAGGGCGCUGGGGAAGACGAAGAGGAGAACCCUCCGGAGUCGACAAAGUCAAAUGCACCGUCCGUUACUCUGCAAUCGGUGUUGUCGCAGCUUUCCACCUCAUUCAACAAAUCCACAGGGUCUCUUCGAACACGAGUUGGCAUUGUUCAAAUUUACACCACUCUCUUGAAUGAACUUGGCCCUACCUACGUCGAAACAAAUUAUUCAGUGUUCGCGAGACAUUUUCUAGUCGACAUCAUCGGUCAUCCCAAAAACCAAGUGACGCUCCACGAAACGUUGCGAGUACGCAAAUUCGUCAGUGUCAUAUUGCGGGACUUGGUGGGAGUUCGAAUGCUCAGUGAGCAAGGCCAAAUUGGCGCGAUUCAAGACUUGAUCACCAACUAUCUCCGAAGAUGGCCUGCCCUGAUGCCCGGCCAGAACGCCCCGCACCGCUUGACCCUUGUCGCAGCUCUGAAAGAAGUAUCAGAACUACUUCAGCAGCUCGGAAAUGCUCCUCAGUUCUUGCAGAACGCGCUUACUACCCCUGUCGUGCGACUACUUGAACACCCGGACCAUGCCGUUCGAAUAGCCGCAUCCUACUGUUUGCAACAAUUCUGUCUUGUUGUUCCACGCCGCCUCCAGCUGAUAGCAGAUGAUCUCGCCGCCCAGCUUACCAAAGGAGUGGCCGCUUUACUCGUCCCUGGCGCAAACAGAGAUGCCCAGGACAGGGCUCUGGGUCAAGCAACAGGCCUUGCCGGACUUUUCAGUUUAUUUCCCUAUCGCCACCUCUAUAUCUCGUACGACGUCUGCUCGAAAGUCUUGGAAAUGGCCAUGCAGCUUCUAAAAAGAGCGGGCGAGCAUGACCUGACUCUAGCUGCUGUUGAAGUAGAAAUUUCGUGGACUCUGAUAUCGGCUCUCGUAACCUUGGGACGACACUUCGUCCAUCCGCACAUGUCCCAGUUACUUACUCUUUGGCGCAACACGUUCUCGAGAUCAUCUGUUAAAGACACCGAAGAUAUUCAAUCUCGAUUCUCAGCCGAAGUGGCAUUCCUUCUGCACGUUCGACACUGCGCGUUGGGUGCGCUGUUGCAAUUUUUGACACACAAUUCGGGUCUUUUGACAACACUUGAUGUUGCGCGACGCGUUGGGGCGAGCCUGUCGAGCGCCCUGUCAUUUGCAAACAGCCUUGCCAGUGACGGCUAUGACGAAGAACUAGAUUCCAAAUCACCUCUACCCCAUGUCAAGGCAACAACAUCGGAGUUAGAGGUUAUGUUCAAGUGUCGCAUGUUUCAAUGUUUUGCAGCGUUCGGUACUUCACAUAUCAACGAAUCUGCUCAGGCUGCAGUGAUCGACUCCGCCAUGACAGUCUUUAGUGGACCAGAUUUGUACAGAGGGUCACAAGUUCAAGCGGCCAUCGCGGCGUCUGCUGGUUCCUUUGUAUCAAUCUGGGAAUGUAAUGAUGGCUAUGCGUAUGGCAUCUCUACGCACGACUGGUCGGCGAAUGUUGAGAAUCAUAGCCCGUAUGGUGGGCGGGAAGAUAAAUCGGCCCGAACACAAGAUAGCGUCGAAUGGGGUAUCAUUCAACAGCUACAGCAACCAGUGCUUGGCUCCUGUGAAUGUGAGCCAUUGUGCCUACUCACUAAUAUCUCGGCCGAAGAGCGUUCGUGGCCUGAGCCCCCCCCUGCUGCUAGUAGAUUGGUAGAUGCAGCUCUCGACGUCUUCGCGGUGUUCCUGGCACAUCAGUCGACACUCACCUGUGACAGGGUGUGGACUGCGGUCUUAAAUAAUGCACAAUCUCCUCGCCUUGAGCGCAAUCCUGGAAGAAAAAUUGCAACUACAAUGAAUGUGGCAGGCGCUCUCCUGCACAUCCUUUGCUGGGCUGAUCGUGAAAGUCGAGACGGAUUCGCUAGUGUAGCUCUAUACUCUCAUAUCAUUGACUUUUUGAAGGGGUGUCUCAGUCAUCCCGAUCAGAAGCUGCGAAAGACAGCAAGCGAAGCCUAUGGACUUACCGCGAGCCGUCUUGACACAGGGGCCCUCACAACACAAGUGAAAGGACUGGUGGAUCAAGUGCUCUCUAACCGGGAUCCUAAUAGCCGAGCGGGCUGCGCGAUGGCUCUCGGGUCUCUAUACACCUCGGUUGGAGGAUUAGCCGCGGGCCCCCUGCUGAAGACCAUCGUGAACGUCCUCAUGUCACUUGGGAACGACCCUCAUCCACUUGUUCACUACUACUCCUUGCAGUCUCUCUCAACGGUUAUUGAUGCCGCCAGUCUUUCCUAUGAGCCACACAUACGGAGCACGCUCGGAAUGCUCGCUAAGCUGUACAUGUCAGACGCGCACGAGCCUGAAGGGAGACGACACACAGUCUCAGCCGGGCUGAAUGACGUCCCCGUGUAUGCCGUCAUAUGCGAAAUUGAAGACAGCAUGGUUGCUGUCUUGGGGCCGGACCUGAGGGACUCAACAAGAUUUCGAAACUUGCUGCUUUGCCUAGUCCAAGAGUUUUCUGUUGAGGUCGAUGAGGCUGUGGUCGUCGAAGCAAUGCGCUGCUUACAGCACUGUCUUAUGUUCGCCCGAGACUUUCUCGAUGUACCGAUGAUUGUGCUGCGACUCCGAAAAUAUCUGUCCUCGCCGCGAACACCGCUGAAGUUCUCAGCCGUAAAUGGACUAUACUUGCUGGUGCAGAAGGAUGUGUUGCUUGUCUCCAAAUAUGGGGGGGACGAGUUGGCAGAAGCACUGUUUGCUAUGCUUGAUGCCGAUGCAAGCGUUGAUGGAGUGCAUGCUAUAUUGACGAGUUGGCUUUCACAAACUGUAACGGCCAAUCCUUCGGCUUGGAUCUACCUGUGCCAGAAAAUUAUGUCACAAGCAAACAACUCUCAACGAGCUCUGAAACCCGAGGCCCCUUCGAAUACCGCCCAAGACGACGAGUCGGAGUCUCUGCAAGUUCCUGGUGAAUCGAACGGGGAGAAGGGAGGCGACCGACGUGCAAUCGGCCGGUGGCGAACCCAACUCUUCGCUUUGCAAUGCCUGCAUAACAUCUGCAAGACUCUGUCGGCUGCCGGCUUACGAGAGCACGUUGACUUGCGCUAUGCCAAGACAUGUGGUCUUGAAAUGUCUAAUCUCCUUGCCACGAAGGUCCCAGAACUCAUUAGAAUGGCAUUCACAGCUUCUACUGCCUAUGUAACGGAGAUCCGCCUGGCUGGCUUGAUAGUCUUACGGGACAUUGUAGAGAUUUUCGCUGAUUCACCUGACCCGGAUGUCGAAGGGUCCCUGCUACUUGAACAGUACCAGGCACCCAUUGCAGCAGCUUUGACUCCUGCUUUUUCCGCUGACUCCACGCCAGAGCUACUAGCCUCAGCAGUCGAGGUUUGUGCCAUCUUCAUUGGAUCAGGAGUUGUAGAGGACGGCUCAAAGAUGGGUCGCAUCCUAAAACUUUUGACAACGGCUUUGGAACAGUGUGCAGGAGCAAGCAACUUGACACUUGGUGAAGGUGGACAACUUGGCCCAAACGCCUCUGUCAUGCUACGAGUUUCAAUCAUUUCUGCCUGGGCUAAACUCGCAAUGUCAAGCCACCAAAGAACCUACCUUGAGGCAAUAAUACUUCCACAUCGCCCGGUUUUGGCUGCGCUCUGGGUUGAAAGCGUAAUCGAUUACACUCGACUUAAAGCACAUUCGGAAAUGACAGCAGACCCCGAAGAGCUGACAGGCCCUGGGAUGUCUAGCUUGAUAUUGGAAAAAGAUGUCACCCUGCAGUAUUAUGCAGAUGCGUGGUGGUACAUUCUGGGCGCAAUUUCUCUAUUCAUGCAGCAGAAUGAUCAGAAUCUUCUCGCCCCGCUUAAUGGAGCAAGGCUAAAGGGCGCACCUGUCACUAAUGGUGUCUCUCACCUGGAAACAUCGGAGCCAUGUUUGCUUUACCCCGUGCUAUUGGGGCUCGCCUGUCAAGUUCUGUUGGACGACAGCUCUAUUGAUGCUGUCCGACUCCUGGCCGAACAACGAGUAAUCACUUUACAGUUCUUAUCUGAGCUCCUGAGCUCCCACUACUCCGGCACGAAACCAAUGCAGCGAGGCAUAUUUGGAGAGCUCACUGCAAUGCUUUAUCGAUUUGCUCUUGGUGGGCCACCCGCUAUUCUAUCUGGUGUAUUGCGCGUGUCUGGUGCCCUCGCCCGACGCUGUUCACCAUCGGUCAAUGUUUCAUGGGAGUUAUCUGAAAAUGCGGUAGAUUGUCUACGCGUCGUUGUAUGCGUUCUUCGUCGAGUCGCGUCAUCCAGAGCGUUGACAGAACCUGAUGGGAUGGUCAUUGAUUCUGGAGGCCUGUAUAAUGUUGCUGUAGAGACAAUGCGCCAAAUCACUGAAAAAUGUGAUACUGUGGUGCACGAAAGCGUAAGGCUGAUCGCAUUGGCGACACUCGUAGACCGUUUGCGAGAAGAAUCCCCAGCUACAUCUAGCAUUGGAGGUUUCUUAGCCGCCCUAAAGACACUGCUGUCUUGGCCGUCAACCGCCGGAGAAAAUGCUCCGGCCUGGAAAUUAAGGAGUGACCAAUCAGUGCAUGCACUCUUAUCGGCCUGCGUGAUCAACAUAGAAGCGAUCAGUGGACGACGUGGCCCAGAGGUCACCAUGAAAUUGCAGAACAACAUGCUCGCCGCUGCGGUGGUAAUCUCCAUUGCUGCGCAAGGAACAACCUUCAGUUAUCCUCUCGUAGAACAGUACAACUCUUUGUUGAUCCAACGGCUCGGAGAUUCUGAUGCAGAAAUCGCGCUUGUGGCACGUCAAUGCGCCAACAUUUUGAUUUCUUCCGCACCAACGGGCCCCCCUAUCUUGCGAGUGUGUUGUCGACUCUUGCUGCCAGGCUUAGUUCACCUGGCUCUGGAUGCCGCUUGUGACAUUCCGGAAGAACGCCAACGGCUUCUGGAUUCAACUCUGAAAGUUGCCAACCCGGCUCAAAUCCCGAGAUUGCUAUGUGUUUUAUUGCCUGUGUACGUGGCGUAUUUGCAACAUGACGCUGCCACGAAAAUCCACAAGCUCGGGGAAAAUGACGUCCUUAACCUAGCGUCUCAAUAUCCUGAAGCGUUCAGACGUACGACUCUUCUAUUGCACCCCAGUACACGCGCAAACAUGGAGACGGCGUUACGCCAAGCAGCUUCCUCGACAGGAAGAGUGCCCCUCCAGCCAAAGAGACAGAUAGCAUUACGGCAGUUUCAAACGUGAGGCCUGAAAUCUACAUUGAGUCUUUGUUGUAGCUAUUAUUUGAACGGCGUGACGUGCAUUUGUCGGUGUCUGGCCACAUUCCAUUGCUCCACC